AUGCUGCUGGCCGAUCCUGCUGUGAAAUACCAUAAAUUAUUCUUCCAAAAGAUGUCGCCACAGGUACUUCGUGACAAACCAUUGGCAGGACACACAUCUUCUUCAUCGGAGAUAAUCACCAUCACAAUUAACAAUUGUGGCACGCGACUUGUCACAUCGCGAACCGACAAAUCAUUACGGAUCUGGAAAUGCCAAAGCGAUCGAAUUAUUGACCCUAUAAUCAUUGAAGAUGCUCAUUCAAAAGCUGUUGAAAGUAUAUCAUGGGAUCCAAAUAGUGAAUCCACGUUUGCUACUGUAGGGAGAGAUGAGUAUAUCAAGAUAUGGCGAGGCUCAACUGGCGCUUUGGAAAACGUAAUCAAGACACCUUUGCAAAAUUUGAAAUUGAUACGAUAUUCACUUGAUGGCGAAUUGGUUAUUGUUGUUGAUCGAGAAUCAAAUGUGCUAUGCUUUGCCACUAAUCAAAAUUAUAAAAUUGUCAAUCAGUUCAAAGUACUGGACUAUGUGUAUGACUUGAAAUGGUUUAAUUAUAAGCACGAGUUUUUCAUAAUGGCACUACAUGAUGGGUCAGUACCGGUUUAUAAAGUCACUGACACAAAUGAGAGAGAUGAAGGAGGGAAUAGUGCAGGUGGUGGUUCAGGAGUUGACAUCACUUCAAAAACAACCUUGACUGGUCAUCGAUCAUCAGCUACAUCACUUUCAAUAUCACCUAGAGGACACUAUUUCACUAUUGGUGCCAGUGAGGGAGUGGUUAGUAAAUGGAGUACCAAAUCGAUGGUCAACUCGGGAGUCAUGACAAACAUCGAUGAGGUUGUUUCUUCAAUAGAUAUUAGUCACGAUGGAGCUUUUGUCGCUGUUUCAUUUGAUAAGGAUUCUAACUCGAUAAUUUACGAUCUAGAAACUUGUGAAGAAUUGUUUCAGGUACCAAAUAGUGCUAGUGGUGACAUGACUUUUAGCUCCAUUUGUUGGUUUCCCAAUAAAGCGGCAUUCGCUUAUAGUUCUGAUUUUGGAACAACUUUAUCUUGGAUGAGGAAGACUGAUAGAGGUGACAGGGCCGAAAGAGUGGAGAGAGGUGGGGGCCUAACGGGACCAAGAAGAAAAUAG